CUAAGACUGCUCUCAUUUUCGGUGGGUUUAGAUGAUUGUGGUGAGUAGCUCUGUAAGAGACUGCAAGAGAGUGAGAAGGAAUGCCAAUUUGAAUACGAUAGAAUUCUAGAUUGUGUUGUGCUUGAGAAUUGCGUCAGGCAUCAACAGACCUCGUGAAUGAUUCAAGGUUUUGAAGAAGCAAUUUGUGUUUUGAGAGGGGUUGGCCAAGCAUGUUCGGUGGGAUUUCAGUCUCUUCUGUAAGAGUGAAACCCUAAUAUCUUGACGAAUCUGGGUUCACGAUCUAUUGCCAAGUGCUCUGAGUGUUUUCGAGCGGAUCGCGGAGUUGGGUAUGAGAUGUGGCUGCAUUUUCGAUCUCAAGUCUAGUUCAUCGUGUAAAGGGUAGGAGAGGAAAUGUUCGACCCCUGUUUCGGAUGUUGAACUGCUUCAACCAGUUGGGAGGGAGCCAGUGAUAACGAUGAAUAGUUUGAGGACAGAUGAUGAGAAGCAUCGGCAAUCUGAGACGGAUGAGCCAGCUUCCAAGUCUGGCCCUAUUCCCCUCACACGCCCUGUCGACAGAUUCAGUUCCCUGAAAUCUUCACCUACAUCCCCUGCAUCCGCCAAAGCUAGCCGACCUCAAAGUGAGCGGGAUAGGGAGGAACGGAGGCUUCGCAAAUGGCGCAACAUGAUUGGAGUCGGGGGCACAGAUUGGAAGCUCUAUGUGCGGAGAAAACCACAGGUUGUAAAACGGCGGGUGCGCAAAGGCAUUCCAGACUGUUUGCGAGGGCUUGCCUGGCAACUUAUAUCGGGCAGUCGUGAUUUGCUGCUCAUGAAUCAAGGAGUUUAUGAGCAACUGGUGCUCUAUGAAACAUCUGCCGCAGAACUAGACAUUAUCAGGGACAUCUCGCGAACUUUUCCAUCACAUGUGUUUUUCCAGCAGAGACACGGACCUGGACAACGAGCUCUCUAUAACGUUCUCAAGGCUUACUCAGUUUAUGACCGAGAUGUCGGUUAUGUGCAGGGGAUGGGGUUCUUAGCAGGGUUGCUAUUGCUUUACAUGAGUGAGGAAGAUGCCUUUUGGCUACUAGUUGCUCUGCUUAAAGGUGCUGUCCAUGCACCAAUGGAAGGACUUUACUUGGUUGGCCUUCCGCUGGUUCAGCAGUACCUUUUUCAGUUUGAGAGGUUGGUCAAAGAGCAUGUGCCAAAAGUGGGAGCUCAUUUUGAAAAGGAAAUGAUAAAUCCAAGCAUGUAUGCUAGUCAAUGGUUCAUCACCGUCUUUUCAUACUCCUUCCCUUUCUCCUUAGCUCUGCGGAUUUGGGAUGUGUUCUUACACGAGGGAGUGAAGAUUGUCUUCAAACUUGGGAUUGCCCUGCUCCGGCAUUGCCAGGACGACCUGGUCCAGCUCCCCUUUGAAAAGUUAAUCCAUGCACUCCGCAACUUUCCAGAAGAUUCUCUGCAGCCUGAUGUUCUUCUGCCAUUAGCUUACAAUAUCAAGGUUUCCAAGAGACUGGAGGAACUUCGUCAAGAAUAUGAACGCAUGAUGAAACCUCAACCACAUCCAGAGAACCCCCAUAUAUAAUGUAUCACCACCGAUUGCAAGAGUGUCUACAUUAUGCUCCAACAAAGGACAGAAAAUACACAGUUGUGAACCCUAUUGACCCCUAUUUUUUUUUUUUUUAUUUAUUUAUUUUUUUUUUUUGAUCUUGCAGGUAUCUAUCGUCUUUGGGGGCUUGCGAGCAAAAUACUCUCACAAGCCUACACAUGAUCACCUGGAUCUGGAACCAGUUGUACUAGGAAGCUGAUCUUGAAGUAUCUGUUUCCAAUGUACAUACAACGACUCCUGAAAUUGGAAUCGGCCUCGAAUAGGAAACUUGAAUCAUGCCUGCCUUUGCUUUGUCUGUAAGCACAUAAAUUGAUCUGGACCAUGUCUGACAUGUGAUCUGAUAUGUUGCUUGAAUA